GUGUACUCGACAUAAUCAUAAAACGCACUUAUGGGAUACUUACGGGACGGAAAAUACAACGUACACGUCUUAAUUAUUAUAUUCUGUUUUUAUUGUCGACGAAUUGCUUCGAAUGGUUUUUCGAUAAAUGCACGUGCUUCGUUUUUCGGGACGUGACGUUAAACUCUCGCUCGAGAUACCUACGCACUUGCUGACUUGCACGUGCUUUUCAUUAUUUUUAUAUAAUUAAUUAUAUAAAUGUUUGUGGCUACCGUGACGCGAAGUUAACCCGUCGCUAGGUACAUAAAGUUGAUUAUUGAUUUAGACAAUUUCGUGCGAUUUUUGCAGAGACCUCGUGACGACCUUACCUCAAAAUGGGAGCAGUGGGACAAGUGAACAUACCCUAUUCGGAUGAUGCUGACUUUGAAGACUUGCAGGAUAAAGAUAGGACUGUGGAAUUGGUUGGAUAUGUUUGUUCCGUUGAGGCUCCGGUUCAGCAGAAAUCAUUUGAUUUAUUCAAAUUUGGAUUGAGUAACGGAACAAAGAAAGUAAUGUGUCUGAUAUGGGGUAAGGAGUUGAUCGACAGACACCAACCACAAGUUCUGCUUAACAGGAGACUUCAUGUGAAUAAAGGCUUAUGCAAGUCAUCGAAAUUUCCAAAGCUGCUCGAGUCUCAGGGAUUCUUGCCGUAUGAAAUAAUCAUACAACCCAACACAACUUUUAAUUUCUUCGGAGUUCAUACCAUGUUGGCUGGACCACCGGUUGUACCGCCAAGGCAAGUCAACUUCGAUACCAUCAGGGAUGUUGAGGGAAAGAUAUCCAUCGAUGGACACAUAAAAGCAGAAUUUUCACCUACUGCCAGUCGCUAUCAAAAUGCUACGUACGCUUGUGGUUCUAUAACAGAUGGCGUGCAUAAAAUUAUUGUCAAUAUCUCAAAUUAUACCGUGCCUGUAGAAGCGACCAGAGGAAUGGCAGUUACCGUCAUCGGAAAUAUUGUCAAUGACCCAAGUAUACCUUUCACUAUUUCUUGCGCAGACUCUACUUUGAUAACACUACGUGAGGAGGAACCACUGCCAGAACUAGAUUUAUUACGAGCGAACAGAACAUUGAAAAGAAGAACUCCUCCGGAGUAAAACUAAGAAGAUUAAUAUCUUAA